UUCGCAAAGGAGAAAAAAUAUAUCCCACGAAGAAGCAGGCGUCAUCCAGUUGGGCUAAUCUCAGCUAGCAGACAACGUAAACAUUAGCAUAUAAUUUGACUUUUAACGUCCCUUUUCGGGCGCAUUUGUCGCUUUGGUUUAACCGGGAAUACCAUUGCUAUGCAGCGGCUUGGAUAAAAAGCUACCCUCCGCUAUGGGUGUUGACAUUCGUGCAUUUUUAACGCUGCCGAGGCCGUGAGUUUGUCCUGCAAACGAAAGCUCAUGAUUCAGCUGGAGAAACCGGUGCUGACUGGGACCAUGCCAGUGGUCUGGCCCACCAUCCUUGACCUGGGCAGGGAUGAGUGCAAAAGGAUACUGCGCAAACUGGAGCUGGAGGCCUAUGCUGGCGUCAUCAGCGCCCUGCGAGCUCAAGGAGACCUGACCAAGGACAAGAAGGAUCUGCUGGGAGAGCUCACCAAAAUCCUCAACAUCUCAACCGAGCGCCACCGCGCCGAAGUCCGCCGGGCCGUCAAUGACGAGCGCCUUUGCACCAUCGCGUACCAGCUUCUCCCCAGCAUGGCGGGCCAGAACAGCUCGUCCGAGUGGUCCAUCGAGGGCCGCCGGCUGGUCCCGCUGAUGCCCAGGCUGGUCCCUCAAACAGCGUUCACCGCCACGGCCAACGCGGUCGCCACCGCUACAGCCACUCACAACGCCUCCAUGCAGUUGCCGGCUGAGACGGGGAACAAGGAAGUGGUGGUGUGUUAUUCCUACACGAGCACGACAUGCACCUCGAGCAGCUCCACGGCCGCCAGCGGCGCCACGCGGACGGCCACCAAGUCCCCGCGGCCACCCAGCCCGUCGUCCAGCGUGGUGGUGCUACCCAGCGGGAGCACCGUCUAUGUCAAAAGCGUGAGCUGCUCCGACGAGGAUGAGAAGCCGCGCAAGCGACGGCGCACCAACUCAUCCAGCUCGUCGCCGGUGCUGCUGAAGGAGGUGGCUAAAGUGUCGCCGCCCGUGGCCAAGCACAUCGCGGCGCCGGUGGUGAGCGGCAGCCCCAAGAUGAGUAACAUCAUGCAGAGCAUCGCCAACUCGCUGCCGCCACACCUGUCGCCGGUCAAGAUCACCUUCACCAAGCCCACCAUCCAGACCACCAGCACUGCUACGCAAAAGGUCAUCAUCGUGACGACGUCGCCCAGCUCCAACUUUGUGCCCAACAUUCUGUCCAAGUCCCACAACAACGCCGGCAUGUCCAAGCUGGCCUCCAGCACCAUUUUGACCACGCCCACCCAGAAGCAGACGGUGGUCUUCCCGGCGGCCACUUCCAGCCCCUCGGCAACGCCCGCAAUCACCGCCGCGGUCUCUUCCGCGGCCGUCAUGUCCGCCGUCUCCACCUGCGCCGCAUCGGCAGGGGUGAAGGUGGCUUCGGCCAGGCUGCCCUCCCCCAAGACCCUGGUCGGCUCGUCCCCGCAGAUCCUCAGCCAGUUCCCCAAGCAGCUGCAGGCGUCAGCGAUGGGGGCUUCUGGCGUGGGCCAAGCCCACGCCUCCGCCGCCUCGCCGGGCCCCAAGCCCACCAUUCAGAUCAAGCCAGAAUCUGAAACCUUCCCACGUCUUGUUGGUUGGCCUUUUGCGUGCGCAGGGGUGAAGAUCAUCACGCAGCAGGUGCAGCCCAGCAAAAUCCUGCCCAAGCCGUCGUCGGUGGCUCUGUCCGGCGGCAGCUCCUCGCCCAUCAUGGUGGUCAGCAGCAACGGAGCUAUCAUGACCACCAAGCUGGUCACUCAACCCACAGCCACGCAGGCCACCUACACGCGGCCCACCGUCACGCCCAACCUCGGCGCCCGCAUCUCGGCCUCGGCCGGCGGCGCCACCUACGUCAAGACCACCGGCGGCAGCAUCAUCACGGUGGUGCCCAAGUCCUUGGCCACGUUGGGCGGGAAGAUCAUCAGCAGCAACAUUGUGUCUGGCACCACCACAAAGAUCACCACCAUCCCCAUGUCGUCCAAACCCAACGUGAUCGUGGUCCAGAAGACCAGCGGCAAGGGGGCCACCAUCCAAGGGCUGCCUGGCAAGAACGUGGUUACCACGCUGUUGAACGCGGCGGGGGGCGAGAAGAGCCUGCAGGCCGUCUCGGGGGCCAAACCGGCCAUCAUCACCGCCGGCAGACCCAUCACCAAGAUGAUCGUCACGCAGCCCAAAGGCCUGAGCGCCGGUGCCCCGUCUACCGCCACUGCCAAGAUUAUCCCCACCAAGAUCGUCUACGGCCAGCAGGGCAAAACGCAGGUGCUCAUCAAGCCCAAGCCAGUGUUCCAAGCGACCGCGGUGAGCGAACAGACCCGGCAGCUGGUCAGCGAAACCCUGCAGCAGGUCACCCGCUCGGCCGACGUCAGCCAGGUUCAAGAUGGCGCUGCCAAGGACGAAGGCGCCGCCCCCGCGGAAACCGGCGGCUCAGUUGGGGAAACCUCACACGCGGACACACAGGCGGUGCUCCACGUGGCGGCCUCCCGAGAUCACGAGUGGACGGAGCAGGAGGUGUCGGUGGAGUCGGCCCCCGCCAUCUACCAGGAAGUGACCGCCAUCGAUUCCCAGUCGGCCGCGUCCACCAUUAAAGCUCUGCUGGAGCUGCAGCAGAGCUCAGUGAAGGACAAGGCUGAGCCCAAACCCAAGCAACAGCACACGCACAUCGACCUGAGCCAGAUGGCCGUGCCCAUCCAGCUGGCCCAGGAGAAGAAAAGCGGGCCAGAGUCGUCCAGGCCGCCUGGCCCCGAGGCCGAAGCGAGGGCCGACGCCCCGGCGGCAGGUAAAGCCGGUGGGCCGGCCGCGUCGACGGAGGAGGAUGCUGCCGCGACCCCGUCCCCCGCCGAUACCUCAGAAAGCGUCCGUCAGGUCGUCAUGGCUACCAAGCCGGUUGCUGCGCCACCUGUAACCACGGCGACGCACGUCAGCGUCAGGCCCUCCGAUGGUAAAAGCGAGUCCUUGUUGGAGGUGAGCGAGCUGGAAGGCGACACGCUGGACCCUCAGACAGGCUUGUUUUACCGCUCCGGCAAUCAGACGGAUGCCCCCAAGCCAGCCCCCCACGCCACUCCGCAGCCCCCGGCCGCCGGCAGCCAACCGGAGGGCACCGCUCAACCUCCUCCUCAACUGCAGAGUAAACCUCAGCUCAGCCAGCCUCCUUCCUCCUCCUCCUCUUCCUCCUCGUCUUCGUCUACGACGUCACCGGCCAAGAAGCUCCCCAAACUGCGAGAGCAGAGUCCGGCCAAGUCUCAGGGCGCUGCCACCUCGCCCGUCACGCCGCAGCUGCCCAAAUUGCAACAGGCGCCCACGUCGCACCACCGGCCGCUGCACGCGCCCCUGUCGCAGCCCCCGCCCCUGCAGGCACACCACCCGGUCAGCACCGACAAGUUAACGGCAAGUGUCGUGUCACGUGUUGGAGCGCAGCUGCCAAUCAUCACGCAGAGUGCCACUGUCACCAAAAUCACCUUCGGAAGCACCCUCCACCACCAACAGCAGCAGCAGCAGAAGCAGAAGCAGCAGGCCGCUCACGUGGCACCGGUUCCAAGCGGGGAGGUGGAGCUGGCGGGCGAGUCCAGCGCGGGGCCGGCGGCGGACGAGGAAGCGUCAGUGUCUGACAUCCUGAAAAUCUCCAUGAUUGAGGCCCAGAUCGACCCCAGCACAGAGCCCGUGCUGGUGGACUCGUCCGCCGACCGGCCCCCCCUGGCGCAGGCCCUGGAGGCCAAGCGAGCGACUACCGCCCAACACUUUGCCAAAGAGCACCUGGAGGUCAUUCAGGUGAUCCCACAGUACUCGAUCGUGCCGGACUCGAGCCAGUCCAACGUGGUGGUGGAGCCCAGCGGCUUCCUGGAAAUCACCAACUACACCAGCCAGCAGCUGGACGACGACGACGAAGACGACGACCCCGCCGAGCACGACGUGGACAGCGGCAAUGACGCGGGGCCCCCCACACCUUAGACCGGACCUCGCCCCCGUCUUCUCGACACCCACUUUGAUACAGAGUACGUUGGACUUUUCUAUCCACUCGCUUUUUAAUUCUCUCACCAAGUUUUCAUAGGAAGCGACAACGGUGCAAAAUAGUGUUGCAAAAGAAGGAAUUGUGUUUCAGUUUUUGUAAGAUACAGUACCAAGAAGUCAUCUUUUAGUGUUUUAACUUUUUCUUUUGUACCUUUUCAAAGUUGUCCAGGAUUGGUCUGAUCUCCAAAAUAAAUGAUUUAGAAAUUCA